CUUCUGCUUUCACUCGCAAGAUGGACAUCGACUCCUCACACACCUCCAAUUGGCUUUAUGAUUAUGGCUUCGAUGUCUCUGUUGCCGGAGCUGAAUUCCCGGUCGUCCCUUCCGGCGGUUUCAACUGGGUGUCUCCUGCUUUCCACGCUUCUUCCGAUACGAGCUUGGACCUGGAAUACGCGCUGGACAAUUCAACUUUCCUGGAAAAUGGCCCUUCAAAGCGGUUGAAGACUGAAUCAUGUGCGCCUGGCUCCAAGGCAUGCCGUGAGAAACUGCGGAGGGAUAGACUUAAUGAGAGGUUCCUCGAAUUGAGUUCUAUCCUGGAGCCUGGUAAGCUGCCCAAGACGGAUAAGGCUGCUAUCUUAAGUGAUGCAGUUCGAAUGUUAACAGAACUACGAAGUGAAGCCCAGAAGCUGAAGGAAACAAAUGAUGAAUUGCUGGAAAAGAUUAAGGAACUGAAGGCAGAGAAGAAUGAGCUUCGAGAUGAGAAGAAUAGGCUGAAGAUGGAUAAAGAAAAGCUGGAGCGGCAGGUCAAGGGAAUAAAUGCACAGCCAACCUAUCUUUCUCACCCGUCUGCUGCAUUCACUGCUCAAGGCCAAACUGCCAGCCACAAGCUGAUACCUUUUGUUGGCUAUCCAGGAAUCGGCAUGUGGCAGUUUUUGCCGCCUGCUGCCGUUGAUACAUCUCAGGAUCACCUGCUUCGCCCUCCUGUCGCUUAAAGUGGUUAGUUAGAAUCCGUCACAUUCGUCUGUGUGGGUGCUUCACUUAUGUCGUGUUUAUGUCUUGUCCAUCAUGUCCAAGUGUGUUCCUGAAGUGAGACGAUCAUAUCGGUGGAUAGUCUGCCGUUAAAACUAAUUACAUCUAUGUCUGUGCCAUCUAAACUAUAAUAAGGAAAUGUUUUAUGUCUUGGUCGUCA